CCCGUCCAUUGAAACAGCCCGACCCCAGUUUACCUUGCCUCCACCACGAUUAACUUGACGGUUAACGACAUCCCGCGGCACUCUUUCAAGGUCUCUCUCCCCGUGCCGAGCGUUCCUCUCAAAGUCGUUCCCUAGUCCGCCUCCGCCUCCUCGACGUGUCAUACGACUGGCAGACUGCGGCGCGUGGCCGACUACCGUCCGUAUCCAAACACACAAACUCCUUUUGCAGAUCGCCGAGACAGGGCUAGGAUAUCGAAACGCGGAGACCGGUUGGGUCCACUCCCGCACCGGCAAGCAACCAGCAACCAAGCAAGCAACCAAGCAGCUCCACGUCGAGCAAUUCCAUUCAUUCUUCAUUUUUCCCGUCAUCGCACACACACACACACACACGCGAGCACAAAACGGCCACUGCUACGACUACCUGCCUCUGUUUGUUUGCACCUCGCAUCUAACCAGUCGCUCGCCAACGCGCAAGUAGCCGGACAGCCGCAGCAUCUCGACUUUGGCUCUACCCAAACUCUUCACCCUUGUCGUCAUAACCAGCCGCCUAGGUGGUCGGUAGACUCUCGCGAUGCCACCCAAGACCAACGGUGCUGGUCAGGCCAAGCAUCAUGACCAAGGCCACAAGGUCCAUCACCACAAGGAGAAGACACCUUGGCUCUGGCUCCUGCCUGUAGUCACCCUCCUCCCAUGGAUCUUGACGCAGCUGCACUACCAGCUGCCGGCUCCUCAGCCUCCAGUGGAUGACGCGGGCCGCGCCCAGCCCUCCGAAGAGAUUGUACUCCAACAUAUUGCCGGUCUCGAAAACUGCGGUUACCGCACCGUCGGCACGCACGAAGCCGUUGCUGGCGAGCAGUAUGUCAUUGGCGAGGCCCGCAAGAUCGCCGAGCGCUGCGCCGCAAAUGGCGUCCUCGACUGCGAGCUCGACGUUCAGAAGGGCAACGGUUACCACAUGUUCUCGAUUAUGGACCACGAUGUGCUCAAGGUUUACGCUGGUAUCACAAACGUGGUGCUAAAGAUCUCGGCCAAGAACCCCCCGUCUGGCAAGUCGGACGGCCCAGACGCUGUCCUUCUUGGCGCCCACAUCGACUCGACCCUGCCAUCGCCUGGCGCAUCAGACGAUGGCAUGGGCGUUGGCGUCAUGCUCGAUAUUGCACGUGUGCUGGUUGACCGUAACCAACCCUUUGACAACUCGAUCAUCUUUAUGUGGAACGGCGGUGAGGAGACUCUGCAGGACGGCUCGCACCUGUACUCGACUCAGCACUACACUGGCAAGGAUGUUCGCGCAAUGAUCAACCUCGAGUCGGCUGGUUCCAUGGGCGGAGCGCUUCUGUUCCAGGCUACCAGCCGCGAAAUGCUCGAGGCGUUCGCCCAUGCCCCUCUUCCCCGUGGUACGGUUAUCGCUGCCGAUGUCUUCUCGUCGGGUAUCAUCAUGUCCGACACCGACUUUGGACAGUUUGAGCAGUACCUCAACGUCUCGGGCUUGGACAUGGCUGUCACCGGCCACUCGUACUUCUACCACACCCGCAAGGACACCCUCGCCAACAUUGAGCAGGGAUCGGCGCAGCACUUCACCACCAACAUAAUGGCCAUUGUCGACUACCUGCUCGGCCCCGGCUCGCCAUUGCACCACAACGAGCCCUUCCACCCACCUGAGGUUGUCUACAUGUCGCUCUAUGACCGCGUCUUCGUUCAGUGGAGCAUGGCUACCGCCGACGUCGCUUAUGUCGCACUCGCCGCUAUCGGCGGCACCGUGUGCAUCGCCAACCUGCGUCGCGACAGGCUCAAGGCAUUCGGUGUCGGUCUGAUCGGCGGCCCACUCAGCAUGGUUUUCGGAGUCCUAACCGCUGUCGGCCUCGCCUUCAUCAUGAUCUUCAUCGACGCCAAGCUGAGGUGGUUCUCGCACGAGGGCCUCUGUGUCGUCCUUUACCUCCCUGCGGCCAUCUUUGGUCAGCUGGGUUUCCAGUACCUCCUCGGCGGGCUCCUCUCUACCACCGAGAGGGCCUACAUGGAGACAGCGUCGUACUUUGCGCAAGUCGCGACCCUGCUGGCCUAUAUGCUCCUUCUGCAGGCGGCACGUGUUCGCUCGGCGUACGCGUUCGGUGUUGUCGCCGGCAUCCUCCUCAUUGGAGCUGUCGGCAGCCAGAUCAGCCAACUGCUUGGCCGCAAGAGCACCCGCCUCCCCUUCUUCAUCGCCUAUGUUGUGCCCAUGUCCCUCCUUGUGGUCCUCGGCCUUGAGGCUUACAGCACGACAUUGGACAUCUUCGUGCCUCUGGCAGGACGCAUGGGUCGCGAUGCCCCUUCGGAGAUCAUCAUCUCCAUCAUCUCGUCGGCAGUCGGUCUUGCCCUCUUCCCGCUCAACGCCCCUCUGUUCGCCCGUCUCUCUCGCCGCGGCCAGAAGGGCGUUCUGCUCCGUCUUUUCCUGGGUGUGGUCAUGGUUACGAUUCUGUACGCCGGACCUUGGUGGUCGCCGUACGACAGCAGGCACCCGAAGCGCGUUGGCAUCCAGUACCUGUACAACCACACCUCGGGUGACCACGUCGCCCAUGUCGCCUUCAUGGACGCCUCGAACCCUACCCACAUCAUCAACGACUUCCAUGAGCACUACGGUCACGGUGCCGAGCUUGAGCACACUGUGCUCACCGACUACGACUCGGACUGGGACACGCUGUACCCAGUCAGCACUUUCCUUGACACGUACCGCUGGAAACUGCCCCAUGUCGAGUUUGACUGGCCCAAGCUGGGUUGUGAGUCUUCGCGUACUCAGCACGACAACGGCACUGCGACCAUCCACCUCAAGAUGAACCACACUGACCUUGUCUGGCCCGCGUUUGCCUUUGAGGCCGACCUUGCCGACUGGUCGUUUGACUUUGACCCUCCUCACGGUCUCAAGCGCCACCACAUCAAGGCUGCAACCUCGGUCGACGUCCACUUCACCGAGCUUGAGCUGGUGGUCAACCUCAAGCCCGAGGAGAAGCUCAACGUCCACUGGUCGGCUAUUGACCUGAACCAGAUGGUGCCCGGUACCGCAUACGCCCGCGGCCCUGACAUGCCCGCGUCCAAGUGGCUGAUUGACAUGGACAAGUGGGCGACGGAAAAGUACAAUGACAGCCUCGAGCUGCUCAUGAGUGGAGUUGUUGUUGGCAACAUUGAGGUCUGAUCUUACAAUUAGCAUCGUUCAUUAUGUGUGUGCAAACGAGAGGGAACGAGUAGUGAAAACGACAUCUAGAAAUGCGAGAACAGUCAUUGUCUUGUAAUAA